UGCAACUUAAUCUAAACUUAAGAGUUGACCGUCAACUAGAUCUCUCUCCACCACUCCUGGUGACUACUGCGCACUGUUUUUUCAGUGGCUUGAUUGAUGCCAAAAGAGCCCCAACGAUCUAAAAUCAUCAAACCCCUUUUACAUCACACAGCUCUCGAAUCUCGAUCUCAAUUCAAUUGAAAUCACCGUGCCCUAGUUCCUCAUUAUCCCCGAUUUUGGUUAAUUUAUUUCUCAAAAACCUAGAUUUUCGGUGAGAAUUUGUUGUUUAUUUGCACUUGGAUGUUAUUUAAGGGUUUGUAAGGCUUUACAUACGAGAAAAUGAGAAGACAAAGGCCGGAGUUUCGGCGGCAAGUGAGGCGGCGGUUUUCGGGUAUGUUUUGGUUAACAUUAUGUGGAGGAUUGGCGGUUUUGAUGUUGAUCGUUUUGUUAAGUCGAGAGAGCACAAAACCUAGAUCCAGAUCCGUGCUAUCUAAGAGUUCUUAUGGGCAUGAUAAAGUGAUAGAAGGCCUUAACAUCACAGCCGAAAUGCUAAACCCCGAUUCAAUCACAAGACAACUUAAUGACCAAAUCUCAUUAGCAAAAGCCUUUGUUGUAAUUGCAAAAGAAAGCAACAACCUUCAAUUCGCAUGGGAACUAAGUGCUCAAAUUCGAAACUCCCAAAUCCUUCUUUCAAAUGCAGCCUUAAGGCGGACCCCACUAACCCUUCAAGAAUCCGAGACAGCUGUCAAAGACAUGGCCCUUUUACUCUUUCAAGCCCAACAACUCCACUACGAUAGUGCCACCAUGAUCAUGCGCCUCAAAGCUAGAAUCCAAGAUCUUGAAGAACAAACAAGUUCUGUAAUGGAAAAAAGCAACAAAUAUGGUCAAAUCGCAGCUGAAGAAGUCCCAAAAAGUUUAUAUUGUCUUGGUGUUCGCCUAACAACCGAAUGGUUCAAACACUCAGAGUUACAGAUAAAAAGUCAAAGUCAAAGUCAAACCCAAAUCGAGACAAAACUAAAAGAUAACAAUCUUCAUCACUUCUGUGUCUUUUCAGACAACAUUCUUGCAACAUCUGUAGUUAUAAAUUCAACCGCUUCAAAUUCCUUAAACCCUGCUAAAUUAGUCUUCCAUUUAGUAACCGAUGAAGUCAACUUUCACGCAAUGAAAGCAUGGUUUAACAUGAACAGUUUUCGUGGGGUGACAGUUGAUGUACAAAAGUUUGAAGAUUUCACAUGGUUAAAUUCCUCUUAUGUCCCUGUUCUCAAACAGCUACAAGAUUCAGACACUCAAAAUUAUUAUUUUUCCGGAAGCAACGAUGGAGGGAAAACCCCAAUAAAGUUCCGGAACCCGAAGUAUCUAUCGAUGUUGAACCAUUUACGUUUCUACAUUCCGGAAGUUUUCCCGUCUUUGAAGAAACUCGUGUUUCUAGAUGACGAUGUUGUUGUCCAAAAGGACAUUUCUGGUCUUUUUAAUGUUGACUUGAAUGGGAAUGUGAAUGGAGCAGUUGAGACAUGUACAGAGACUUUUCAUAGGAGAAGAAUGUGGAUAGGAGUUUGUGGAAGCUUGGGACAUUGCCACCUGGACUGCUGACGUUUUAUGGGUUGACAGAGGCUUUGGAUCCUAGGUGGCAUGUGUUGGGGUUGGGGUAUACGAAUGUGGAUGCACAGGUGAUUGGGAAUGGAGCUGUGUUGCAUUUUAAUGGGAAUUUGAAGCCUUGGUUGAAGAUUGGGAUGGAGAAGUAUAAGCCUUUGUGGGAGAAGUAUGUUGAUUAUAGUCAUCCUAUGUUGGAACGAUGUAAUUUUCAUUGAUUUGGGUUUUUUUUUUUUUUUUUAAAGAUUUAUGGGUAGUUGUUAGUAGUGUAAGAUUUGGUUUGUAUACUUUAUUAAUGGGUGCUUUUGGA